AUGGCGAAGGGCGGGCUGAGCAAGCUCCGGUGCAUGAUCAAGAGGUGGCACUCGUCGAGCCGCAUCGUCUCCCGCGCCCCGUCGCCAUCGGCUCACGACGGCGACGACCACGACGGUGCCAUCGCCGGCGACGCUCGCGCGCGGGGCGCGUCGUUCCACGGCGCGGACGAGGUGCCCAAGGGCCUGCACCCGGUGUAUGUCGGCAAGUCGCGCCGCCGGUACCUCGUCGCCGAGGAGCUCGUGGGCCACCCGCUGUUCCAGACCCUCGUCCACCGCACCGGUGGCGGCGGCGCCACUGGGGGAGCAGCAGCAGCGGCAGGUACCGUCGUCGGCUGUGAGGUCGUGCUGUUCGAGCACCUCCUCUGGACGCUUGAGAACGCCGACCCGCAGCCAGAGUCCCUCGACGAGCUCGUCGACUACUACGCUUGCUGA